AUGCGUACUACGUCAUCAAACAACAAAUUCGCGGCUGCGAUCCUGCCGUUAUGGCAGUUGUCAAGGUUCGAUACACGAGAAUCAUGGCUUGCUUGUUACCCUGCCAUGUGGGGUCUUUCCCUUGCAACCAAGCACUAUGAUCUCAAUAUCGGUGGCACUGGUCUCGCUGCGCUCGUGGCUUCGAAUUGGCUGUGCAUGACGCUGAUACACUCCGCAUUCUGCACCUGGAAUACCCAUAUGCUCAAGUCUUUCGUUCAACCCCACCAUACCUCCACGGUCCGACUUAUCGACAAAUGUGCCGCACGUACCGCAACGCGCCCGCUUCCCUCGGGACGUUGCUCGCCCGCCAAAGCACACACGUGGUUCUAUGUGCAGUUGUUCCUUGCCAACACCGCCAUGUACACGCUACUUGGUCCGGCAACACAUCUAACCAUGUUACCAUGCCUGGCUUUGUCGUUCUUUUAUCCACUGUCGAAACGGUACAUCCAAUGGCCGCAAUUUGUUCUUGCUCCGACUGUUGGCUGGCCUGUUUUUGCUGGAUGGCUAUCGGCGCAAGCACAUGCUGGGCUUCGUGAGAAGAUGGAACCAUCUAUAUGUGGUCCGCUGUUUGCUUCGUAUGCCGUGUGGACCAUCUACUACGACACGUGCUACGGACUUCAAGAUAUCGCAGGCGACAAAGAGUCAGGCGUUGGAUCGUUGGCACAGUUCCUCGGAGUAAAGUACAUCAAGUCUUUCUUGCUGGGCUUGAAUGUGAUCGCUCUCUCGUUCUUAGGGCUUGCGGCAGAAAGGGCGCGCUGUUCACUGUUGCUGUGGACCUUGGGCAUCGGGUUCUGGGCAUUGAGCGUGCCGUUUCAAUUCCGUGGCCUUGAUCCGACAGUACCUGGCUCUGGUGGGAAGAUCUUCAAGUUCAAUAUCACGUUGGGUAUGUAUGUCACCGUGGUGAUAUUGGCUGAGGCAUGGAUAGGAUGAGUUUGGAAGGAUACAGAGCGCGCGAUCUGGAGCCGUCGAGUUUGCCAGUAAGAGAGAGCCACGCUGUUCUGCGUGAACCACGGAAAGAAGGCGAUGCAUACUUGAUCCACAGCAUACUCUAGGGCAAAACAAUGCUGGCUAUGGGAGAAUCAUAUGCCCUUAUCAUUUGUUGCAAUAGACCUAUUU